AUGAACCAACUUGAAAAGCAAGCUUCUUCAGAGGCGAAGCACAUCGAAUCUGCCCCAACGAUGCCACCCACAUCUGAGAAGGCGCUGGUCAGAGAUGCUUGGGAAAGCUCUGCAGUCGAGCACAAUCUGACUGUCUAUCACGCAAUUAAUGCUUACCCGAUGGCAAUAUUCUGGUGUCUUGUUGUCUCAUUAUGUGUUAUUAUGGAAGGUUAUUCUCAAAUUCUGGUACAAUCACUCUACGCCUAUCCACAAUUUCAGAAGCACUUUGGGAGCGUUAUUGGUCAUGAUGCAUCAGGGGCACCUGUCUACCAACUAACAGCAGCAUGGCAAGCUGGACUUACGAACGCAUCGACCGUCGGUGGAUUUUUCGGGACGAUUUUAAAUGGUCAUGUUGUUGAUUGGUACGGACACCGUAAAGUUCUUUUCUGGGCACUGAUUGUUGAAGUUGGGUUCACAUUUAUCACCUUCUUCGCUUCGGAUAUUACCGUUCUGUGUGUUGGACAGGUCUUGAUGGGCGUACCUUGGGGAAUUUUUGCAACAUCUGCACCGGCAUAUGCAUCCGAGAUUCUCCCGAUGGUCCUUCGCAUCUACUUCACAAGUUUUACCAAUAUGUGUUUCUGCGCGGGUCAGUUGACUGCAGCUGGCGUUCUCCGUGCUCUGGCGAAUCGCCCAGACGAGUGGUCCUACCGGAUUCCAUUUGCAAUUCAGUGGGUAUGGCCUGCUUUCCUCAUUCCUGCGAUUUUCUUUGCGCCGCCUAGCCCAUGGUACGAAGUUCAGAAAGGGAGGUUGGAUUCCGCCAAACAGUCUUUGAUGCGAUUGCAGCGGAGGUCUGCUGCUAUUGACUCGAACAAGACCCUUGCAAUGAUUGUGUCUACAAAUCAACUGGAGGAGGAAAUAAUAGCUGGAACCUCUUACUGGGAUUGCUUCAAGUCAUUUGAAUGCCGCCGUACUGAGAUCGCCUGUAUGGCAUUCUGUGGACAAGUCUUAUCCGGAUCCAACUUCGCUUACAAUUCUUCGUAUUUCUUCGAGCAACUCGGUUUGAACACAUCUACAGUCUACUCUCUUAAUCUGGGUGGUCUCGGCCUCGCUCUUGGAGGCACAAUCAUCAGUUGGAUCUUAUGUAUGCCUUAUUUCGGCCGCCGAACGCUUUACUUAUGGGGGAUGUUCACAAUGACUUUAUUGCUGUUCAUUAUUGGUAUUCUGAAUAUCUGGACUACUCGCCCCACUGUUGGGUAUACUCAAGCUGCCUUGGCCAUGUUCUGGAAUCUCAUUUUCGAUAUGACCGUCGGUCAACUUGGGUGGUCACUUCCUGCUGAGGUUGGAUCAACCAGAGUCCGCCAGAAAACAAUUUGUCUAGCACGUAUCGCCUACUAUCUUAUGAACAUAGUAGCUGGUGUGUUACAGCAAUACUUCAUGAAUCCGACGGCUUGGAAUCUCAGCGGCUAUACAGAAACAGGAUUCUUCUGGGCUGGGACAGCUGCCAUCGUCUAUCUAUGGGCUUUCUUCCGUCUCCCCGAGACCAAGAAUCGCACAUACGAGGAACUUGAUAUUCUAUUCUCUCGUAAGACGCCAGCGCGGGCGUUCAAAGGGGCAAAGAUUGAUGAGGAUGAAAAUACCUCUGGGUCAAUGCCAUAG